CGGCAGGAACCCCUAAGAUCACCGCAUUACUGCUUUACAUAAACUCAAGUGUAGAAAUAUAGAAACUGUGAGAGACAGAUUUCUCUCCGCCAAUCGGAAUCCGCAGCGUGAGGGUAAAUAAAUAUGGCGGAUCUCUAUCAUGCAGCACAAUGCGGGGUUUAAUCGACGAGUUAACCAAAAAAAAAAGAAGAUGCCGCAUAUGGGUGAAUACAGAAAGGCUAAAUCGUGAUGUUUCUGUUCUUUUUUUUUUCUAAUGAGACGUGGGCAAGCAUCCCGUCGUGGAGAUAAUUAUCAGUUUUAUUAGGCUAUAAAUGUCUCUAUUCUCCUGUAUCUCCCCGCUUGGAUUACGCGAUGCCUUAUUAAGACAGUAUUUAUAUCCGCACGGUUCUACCGGACUAAAAUAGGAAUCCAAUUUAAGAAGGAAAUCGGCGUAAGAAAAAUAUGGGAUACAAGGUCACAGGUGCUACAAUGGAUCGUGUUAGCGUGCUUUGGCGGUUAAGGCGUCGAGCUCGCCGAGGGGUUUUGUGCAUGGCCCUUUUUUGUAUGACUAUGGCUGUACUGUAUACACUGUGUGCUGAAAACAGUGUACCGGUCACUGAUGCCAUCUUUGGGGUGAGAGCAAGGACUCGUGCACAACCAAGGGCGCAUGCUGUUGUAAAGGUGCUUCGUGGAGCAGGAGGAUCAAAACCGAUGUAUGUGGACCCUCAAAAACUUCCAGGUGUUAUUCCCGGAGAUCCUCAAAAGCCCAUUCCUGUCCUCUCGUCUUUAAAUUACUCAAUGGACACAAGUCAAAAAGAGCAGCACUUGGAGAACAAAGAAAAGAAGCACCAUGGACUUCUCUCCGGGCUGUUGGGUCGCCCAUUUAAAAGUGUGCUUGAGACUCUUCUUGGAGGCCGAAAAAAAGCAGACGUGGACAGUUUUUUUGAAAAUAAAGGAGUCGGUGGAGAGAUAUGGAAUGAUGAGAUGUCUAUUAACAUGCUGGAUAAAAGGCUGAAAAAGGUGGCACAGAACUAUCAGGCAAUGAAUAAAUAUGGUGUGGAUCUCUCUGGGCAAGAAGCUGGAAAUAAAAAACAGCGAAAACUGAGUGGUGCAGAGCUCCUGUGCCAGCUCAAAGAGAGGGUGAAAAUCUCCUCAUUAACACCAGAGAUGGAGCCCUUUAGUAAAUUUAACUGGGCCUCCCAGCUUCCUACUAAACCCUUGACUUCUGUGCUUGGUCCAUUUAAAACAUGCGCUGUUGUGAUGUCUGCAGCUUCCCUGCGAAGAUCCGGACUAGGGAAAGAGAUUGAUGGCCAUGAUGCAGUGGUACGAUUCAAUUCUGCACCCACUGUGGGCUUUGAGAAAGACGUUGGCUCUAAAACCACAGUGCGCGUGAUCAAUUCUCAGGUGAUGGCAUCUGAAGAUCACCACUUCCUGUCCAGUUCUUUAUACAGCAGUGGAACACUAGUGGCCUGGGAUCCUGCCCCAUUUUCUUCUAAGUUAAAUGAGUGGUACAACAAGACAGAUUAUCCAAUAUUUAAACAGUAUCAGCAGUACAGACAGCUGCAUCCUCAACAGCUGUUUUAUAUCAUACAUCCCAGCAUGCAGUGGCAGAUAUGGAAGCUUCUACAUGACAACAUGGCUGAGCCAAUUCAGAAGAACCCACCUUCCUCAGGCCUGAUAGGGACAGUACUAAUGAUGUCAGUAUGCGACGUGGUCCAUGUCUACGAGUUCUUACCCUCACGGCGCAAAACCGACAUCUGCCACUACUAUCAGAACUUUAGAGAUGCAGCCUGCACCUUGGGUGCCUACCACCCUCUACUCUACGAGAAGAACCUGGUGAAAAGGAUGAACCGAGGUUCUGACCAAGAAAUUUACAACUAUGGCAGGGUGUCUCUGCCUGGAUUUAAAACUUUUAACUGUACACAGACUUCAAACUUCAAAAUGAAAUAUUAAUUUAAUAUUUGGAAUGUUACUGUAUUAUUUAUUGCAUGACUCGGUGUAUGCUACUGCAACUUAUCUAGGAAAAAAAUCUAAGCUGAUUUAUAGGUAGGUGGUUCUCUCUCCAUGAGAUGCACAUGAUUGCUUGAAUACCUAGAGCCCUUAUUACCAUCACCAACCCAGAGAGGGGUCAUUUUGCACCCAGGCUUUACAUAGAUAUAAAUAACUGGGCGUUUUAGCUGAAAAGUAACAGGAAUCAGCCAGCAGUUUAUUAGUUAGAUGCAGUCAGCAGAUACGCUUGAUGCCUAUAAUACUGACUAUUGUAGCUUAUUUGUUACUAUGCAUGAUUUUGUCAAACCCAAUCUAUCAAUGAAAAAAGACCACCAUAGGACCAGCACUAACCUGAUAAU